AUGCCUUCUCCUCAGGAGCCUAUGCAGCAGCCCUCCAUGACCGCUGAGCCCAGCGAUGUCGUCUCUCAGCAGCCCUCUGCCGAGCCUCAGCCCGAGAUGAUGAACCUGCGUGGAGGAGAGGAAGCCGGCUGCGAGCUUUGCUGCGGCAUGUGCGGCUGCGAUGAGUCGUGCUGCUAA